AUGUCGAACGGACAUUUCAUUCAAUCCCAUGGGGUUGAGACUUCGAUGGAUAUAGCCCGUCGCCAGGCGUACCAUGUAGCUCCCGUGGUGGGACAGAAGAGGCCUUUUACAACAUCCCAACCCCAAGAGCCUCCCAAACCUGGAGCGGGUGCGCAUCACAUCGCCCUGCGCAGGCCAAGCGAAAUAUCCAACCCACCGAUUCAAGAGUCGGUCCCUUUGGACUUGGCUCGAGCCUCGCUGGCCCCUUCCGCAAGCCGACUUACCGCCAGCAAAAUCCAUUGGGGUCUGGGUGCCGCGGCGCCAGAGGAGGAACGAGGCAUAUCGAACGCUCCCGGAUCCAGCCAAAAUCCACUCCUAUCUCUUUCGCAUCCCAGAUACGGACUGCCCACGGCUCUCACGGCCAAUUUCGCUGCACUGGGGGUCAACUCUAUUUACGCCUGGCAGGCGUCGUGUCUCUUGGCGCGGGGCCUUUUGUCCGGUGAGCGGCAUUUAGUUUACACAGCCCCCACUGGCGGGGGCAAGUCCCUGGUGGCCGAUGUACUGUUAUUGAAACGCAUCAUCGAGAAUCCAAACCGCAAAGCCAUUUUAGUCUUGCCCUAUGUCGCAUUGGUUCAGGAGAAGUUGAAAUGGCUGCGCCAGGUUGUCCAGGGCGUGGAGAAGGGUAUCUCGGAUGAAGAAGAGGACGAGGCUGCCGGGAUACAUUUUACGCGCAAACGAUGGAAACGAUUGCAAAGGUCCAUUUGCGUGACUGGAUACUUCGGCGGAAGUCGGACUACUACUAGCUGGGCAGAUACCGAUAUUGCAGUUUGUACUAUCGAAAAGGCCAACUCGCUGAUCAAUUCCGCCAUUGAGGAUUGCUCCAUUGGAGAUUUGGGUGUGGUGGUGCUAGAUGAGCUCCAUAUGCUUGACGAUGAACACCGAGGGUACUUGUUAGAGCUGAUGGUGACGAAGUUGCUUUUGCUCCAGCAAGAUAUUCAAAUCGUGGGGAUGAGUGCAACGCUCUCGAACACGGAGAUGCUCGCGAAAUGGAUGGAUGCCAAAUUCUACAUCUCUACAUACAGGCCGGUGCCCAUCGACGAAUACUUGGUCUAUGAAAACACAAUUUAUCCGGCUGCGACUUCAAGGCAGCUGUUUCGAACAGCGUCCAAGCUGGCUGUGACCACUUCUAUACAAGAUUCCAUUCCUCCACAUCGAACCAUCGAGCCUUCGGCUUACAAGGAGCUCAGCAACUCGGCCACUAAUGCUAUGGUGGCACUGGCGGUCGAAACUGCAGCAGCAGGGUUCGGCGCAUUAGUCUUCUGCGGCAGUCGAGGAGCCUGUCAAGUCCACGCCGCUACCAUAAGUGAGGCAAUGCCCCCACUAACAGAAGAAAAUGAUGAGAUGAACAAGCGAUUGGACCUCCUGGCCGAGCUGCGAAGUCUGUCAUGUGGCUUGGACCCCGUCCUCCAGAAGACAAUUAUAAAGGGAGCUGGAUUCCAUCAUGCAGGUAUGACGACGGAGGAGCGGGAGCUGAUCGCUCAAGCCUACGACCAAGGUGUGCUCAGAGUGCUGGUGGCUACAUGCAGUCUCGCAGCCGGUGUCAACCUUCCUGCGAGAAGAGUCAUCAUCAAUGGUGCUCGAAUGGGCCGAGAAUUGGUUGGUCCCGCAAUGCUGCGCCAAAUGUGUGGUCGCGCGGGACGCAAGGGCAAGGACGAUGCUGGGGAGACGUAUUUGAUUUGCGUCAAGGCCGAUCUUGAGGCGGUAUGCGAUUUGUUGGAUGCUGAUAUGCCGGCCAUUGAAAGUUGCCUGGCCCCGGAAAAAAAAGGACUCAAGAGGGCCCUCCUCGAAGCUAUUGCAACAGGCCUGGUGUCUGGGUCCGAAGCAAUUAAAGAGUAUGUGCAAUGUACUCUUCUUUACCUUACCCUCGACAAAAAGCUAGUAUAUGCCAUCAUGAACUCCGCCUUGCAGGAGCUCGUUGAAGAAGGGCUUUUGCUGUUGAAAGAGGAUGAGGCCUAUGAAGCAACUCUAUUGGGACAAGCGGUUGUGGCGUCAGCAUUCUCCCCAGAGGAUGGACUUUAUGUGCAUGAGGAGCUAAAGCGGGCACUCCAAGCAUUCGUGAUGGAUGGUGAUAUGCAUAUAUUCUACAUUUUCACUCCACUCCAGGUAGCCAUGAACAAUCCGAUCAAUUGGCCGAUCUUUCGUGAUCAGCUGGACCGCCUGGAUGAGAGCGGGCUUCGCGCACUCCAGCUUGUUGGCGUUCAACCGGGAUUUGUCAACACUAUGGUCCAGUCCGGUGCAUCGUUGAAGGAAACAACUUUAGCCCAGGUCAAACAAGCUCGUAUUUACCGCCGCGCUUAUACAGCUUUCCAGCUUCGCGAUCUAAGCAACGAAGUCCCUCUAACAACGAUUGCGCAGCGUUACCGAACUCCUCGAGGGUCCGUCCAAACUCUCGCCCAGCAAUGCCACGGCUUCGCUGCCGGAAUUGUCAAGUUCUGUCAACGCAUGAACUGGGGCAUGUUGGCUGCUGUUUUGGACCACAUGCGUGACCGCCUAGAAGCUGGUGCGCGGGCUGAUCUGCUUGAGAUGGCGCAGGUUACCUAUGUGAAGAGCUGGACGGCGCGAUUACUUCGUGAGAACGGAUUCAAGAAACUGCGCUCUUUGGCCGAGGCCAACCCGAAAGACUUGGUGCCGAUUCUUAUGAUGGUCAACCCGCGCCAGACGCAGAAAAAACAGCUCUAUCCUACCGAGGCAGAGCGUUAUGCCGCAAAGUUGUUGGCGAAAGCAGAGACUAUAAUUGCUUCUGCAAAUAAGAUCUGGGAUCGGGAAAUACAGGUUGAGUUAGAGGAGUAA